AUGUCUAUGGCGAGCUCAAGUCCAGAACAACCUGGUGGAGGUAUACAAAUGGCCGAAGGCAUAAUGGGCAUAAUCCAGCCAGCAAUCGAAAAACUCGACACUCAAGUGCAUAACACCCGUGCUAGUCAAUACGCGCUUAACGCACAAAUUCAAGCACUUGCACAAUAUUUGAAAGAAAUCAGCAGUGAGCAAUCAACACCAUACGAUUUGGAUGUGUACGUGCGUAAGCUGGAUGAUUCAAAGAGACGGGUGAAUGCAGUGGCAACUGUCCUGCAAGACGUUCACGAUCGAAUGAGUCGUCUUCAGAGGAAUAUUGCUCGUGAGACGUAUCAUCACAAACAAAUCAUCACACAACCACCUCCAUUACCACCAAACAGAUAA